CCAUUCCGGGUCCCGAUCCUCCCCGACCAGGAUCUCCUUCACUUACCCAGUCUCAGGACGGGGAUGCUUAAGCCAUUGGCCAGCGGUGGUCGGGGGAUUGUCGGGUACCUUCCGGAGGCCACGACUGUGGGCACAAGAGGGGCUCCCUGGCCUACUGACCUUUCGCCUCUCUGCCUCUGCAUCCCAGCGGGAAAUAUCUCUCUCCUUGGUGUUUGAAAUGCUUUACCUGAUCGGCUUGGGCCUGGGAGAUGCCAAGGACAUCACAGUCAAGGGCCUGGAAGUUGUAAGGCGCUGCAGGAGAGUGUAUUUGGAAUCCUACACCUCAGUCUUGACUGUAGGGAAGGAAGCCCUGGAAGAGUUUUAUGGAAGAAAAUUGAUUCUUGCUGAUAGAGAAGAAGUUGAACAAGAAGCAGAUAAUAUUUUGAAGGAUGCUGAUACCAGUGAUGUUGCGUUUCUUGUGGUUGGUGAUCCAUUUGGGGCUACAACACACAGUGAUCUUGUUCUGAGAGCAACAAAGCUGGGAAUACCUUAUCGAGUUAUUCACAAUGCUUCCAUAAUGAAUGCUGUAGGCUGCUGCGGUUUACAGUUAUAUAAUUUUGGAGAGACAGUUUCUAUUGUUUUUUGGACAGACACUUGGAGACCAGAAAGUUUCUUUGACAAAGUGAAGAAGAACAGACAAAAUGGCAUGCACACAUUAUGCUUACUAGACAUCAAAGUAAAGGAACAGUCUUUGGAAAAUUUAAUCAAGGGAAGGAAGAUCUAUGAACCUCCUCAGUAUAUGAGUGUGAAUCGAGCAGCUCAACAGCUUCUGGAGAUUGUUCAGAAUCACAGAAUACGAGGAGAAGAACCAGCAAUCACUGAGGAGACACUCUGUGUUGGCCUAGCCAGAGUUGGUGCUGAGGACCAGAAAAUUGCAGCAGGCACCUUACAGCAAAUGUGUACUGUGGACUUGGGAAGACCUUUACAUUCCUUGAUUAUCACAGGAGGCAGCAUGCAUCCUCUGGAGAUAGAGAUGCUAAGUCUAUUUUCCAUAUCAGAAGAUAGUUCAGAACCCCAAAGCGUUGAUAGACUCUAUACAUAGAUAUUUUCUAUUGUCUAUUAAUUUCAGUCAUAUAUACUCAUACACAUAUUUGUAUAACUAAUUAAACAAGUCUUUUGGUUUAUGUAAUAAGUAUAAAACAAGUACCUAAGAAGAAAGACUAUGACUCAACAAUGUUUGAUUUCCUUUGGCAAUGAAUUUUUCCUCUAUGAUAUCAUCAGUUAUUGCUGCUAUUUUGGCAACUUUUCAGUAUAUACACAUGUGGUGCUUGGAUGUCCAGAGGCAGUUAUUUUAAAAGCAUUUUCACCUUUGGAGUCAGUUUAUUCGAGGGGUUUGCUUGUAGUUACAGAGUGUAACUUUGAGAGGUAACUGGAAUGUGAAUUACUUUGAUUUAACAAAAAGCUUCAGUUUUAAGAGGUAAGAAAUGUCAGGAGUGGCCAGGAAAGCAAAUAAAAGAUUGGUAACAAUUCACAUUCUUUUUUUUUUUUUUUAAUCAUUCUCUUCUUUCUUAAAAAAGGUGUCCUGACUGCAAGCUAGUUGUCCUGAUAGUGUUUAGUAUUAGUGCAUAUAAACAGAGGUGGGAAGAGUAACUUUCCACCCAGCAGUCAUACUUACUUAAAGCUUAACAGAGCACAUGCCACAAAAUGACACCCUUCUGAAUUAGCUUGUCUUGUUUAGCUUACAUCCUAUUUAUGUGGCUCAUAUUCUUCUAUAUUUUGGAAGUUGUGUAAUUGUUGAAUUGUGAAUGUUCAGCCAGCUAUGUACAGCUGCUGUUUGGUUUUAAAUAGUAUCUUUCACAUCCAAGCUGUCAAAUGGAAAGCUUGCUGACUACAAGAUAAAAUUUAAAAAUUGAAAGUUGGAAGACAGAAAUAAAUUAGUCAAGAUUCUAUAUACCACCUAACUCAGUUAAUAUGCUAUUAAUAUAUGCAACUAAUCACAUUCUUAUUUGUUGUAAAUAAUGCUCCAUUUAUUAUAUUUUAUGACUAGAGUUUUACACUUUUUGUCAGUUCAAAACUGAAAUAGCUUUGUGAUGGGGUAGUUAACUAGUCAGACUGAAAAUUUCCAUGGUCUGAUCAACAUAUCUGACCUCUUUGCUUAGUAAAGUUUUUAGAAAUUGAACAAAGACUUCCCUACUUCUUGGGAGCAUCAAUUAGCUGGAGAUUCGUUUUUGAUAGAAGAUACUUUAAUAAAUAUAAGCAUUCCAUUUUCAAUCUGUUGGACACAAAAGGGUAAAGGGCCAAGUACAAUUAAGUACGAGCUCUGCAUUAUUUUCUUUUAAGGUGUUAAAUGAAACAUUUAAAAAUGAUAAACUGAAGGAGUUCUGGUUCUGGUAAUGGCAGAAUAGCUUGUAAUGGAGAAAUUCUCCUGAUUGUAAAUUCUGGAAAAAUAAAAUAAAAAAACUAAAAGGCAGUGGGAAUUGACCAAAGGCAGGCUGAGACUAUGCUUAUUUGGCUUUUUCUCUUAGGGCAUUCCCCAGUUUGCCUGGUGAGGGGCAGUUCAAACUCAGAAGAAAAUCGUCAUCUUUCUUACUUGAGGUUGUUUAAAGAUGGAAUUGGGGACUGCUAGAAGAACCCAAAAGUGGGAAAUCCUAGAAAUGAAGGAGCCACAAAAGAGAGGAAACUUCCAAUCUGCAUAAAAUUUCCCCUCAAGUCCUUGGCAAACCUCUGAACUGUUUAUGCAUAGAGAAGACUCCAAGAAACUGGUGGAAAGCCACAGCUGGAAGACUGAAAAAGCUGAGCAGACAUUCCUACUCUCCAUUGUAAGAGAAGACAUUCAAGUUUGGAUCCUGACAAGUUAGGACUUGAUAAGUUCCUUCUGUUUUCCAUCAAAACCCCAGAAUGGCCAUGCAUAGUGGUAAAGACUGUGCCCCAGGACUAGAGAUAAGAAAAAAAAUCUUAAGCCCUCAUAAAUUGAGGCUGACUGGCUGAUAAUUUUACUGCCCUGAUAGAAUUUAACAUGCUUCAGAGUGAGCUAACAGAAUGAGUCUCUAUAACAUAGCAACAGCAAUGAACAGAAUACAAUAAAAUAUUGGGAGGUAUGCAAAGAAACAGGAAAAUAUGGCUUAUGGUAAAACAAAACAAAACAAAACAACAAAAACUAAACAGUAGAAAGUUAUCUUAAUGCCACAUGUUGGAAUUUGCAGACAAGGAUUUUAAUGCAACAAUUGUAACUAUGUUCAAAGAUGAAAAGGAAAGGUGAUUGUAAUAAGUGAAUAGAAGUGGGUACCCUCAGCAGAGAAUUGGAAAAAACAAGCAAAAAAGUCCGAGUGGAAAUAUCUAAAAUGCAGAAUUCACUGGAUGGGCUUACCAACAUAGUAGAAAUGACAGAUGAAUAGAAAUGAUCCAAUCUGAGGAACACAGAAAAAGGAUUAGAGUACUGUGCGGGACAAUAUCAAGCAGUUUGACAUAUACGUAAUUUGGUUCCCAGGAGGAAAAGAGAAAACAGGGCAGAAAAAUAUGAAUGAAGGCCAAAAUUUUCCCAAAUUUGGUGAAAAGACCAAUUUACAGAGCCAAUAAGUACAGUGAACCUUACACAGAAUAAAUACAAAGAAAAUUAAAACCUAAUCAAGCAGAGUUAAAACUGGAUGAAAACUGAAGAUAAAAUCUUAAAAGCCUCCAAGGAGGAAAAUUCUGUUACAUAGAGGGGAACAAUAAAUGAUGGCCACUGAUCAUCAGAAACAGUAGAGGCCAUAAGACAUUGAAAACAUUAAAAGACUUAAAAGCACAGAGAUUAAAAACAACAACAACAACAACAACAAAACCUGGUCAAUAAAGAAUUCUAUAGCCAGUAAAAAAAAAAAAAUAGCCUUUAAAAUUGAAGGUGAAAUAGAGCGAUUUUCAGAGAAACAUAAUUUG